GCAAUUAUUCGUUUACAAAAUUGCUACGAGUUGUUGAGAGAGAAUAAAGUGCAAACCAUUUCUGUUGCCAGGGAGUCGUGGUCACACGUUACUGAUAGGGCUUGGCUCCCAAGUUGCUGCUGCUCCCCACACCCUCUGAAACAACUUGACACACAACUGGUCUGCUAAUCGAGUUUCCUGGAAUGGUUGCUUCUGCCGCGGUCGGAGAUAGAUUUGAUGGACCUACAGGAGUCGUGUGUGUAAAUCUGAGGACUGUACAUUGCGAGAGCCAGUUUAGAAGGCUGUCACGUUUGUCCCUUCUGAGUGGGGAGUUGUAUUUUUUGGGAGCUGAUCACCGCAGUCCACCAGUUUUAGUGAACCGAUUACAGCAUUGAGGGAUUCUCACCUGACACUUGCUCGUUAUCGUUCUGAUUCACGGACUGGAAGGACUGUAUGUUAAUGAAACGCAAGGUCAUUCAUCAUCGUCGACACCAGCCUGGUUUCGUUCGUGGUGGGUGGACUAUCUUGCCUUCCUUCAUCUUGGGCAUUGAUCCCAGACCAAGGUCGGCCGCACAUCACCUGCAGCUUUUGUGCAGGCGGCUCGAUUUGUAAGGGUUCCCAUAUGGUUAAGGGCUAGUGUUCGUGGGUUUUGUGAGAUUAGGACGGUUGGAGCGGAAAGAUUGAGAGCAGCGGUGAGAGUGGUGGACAGCUUGUUCCUUCAACUUGCGGAAGGAUAUUAUGUUGCAGUGGGGGAGCCAUAGUCGUGCACAGGUGGUUCAAGACAGCUGGGUCAAUUUCUUUUCCUCCCAGAGUAUGCAUCUGCAGUACCAUGGUGGAGACAUUUUAGAUUCGGCGUAAGUUCAAUUACGAACCAAUGGACUACAAAUCGAAACCAGGGUUAUUUCAGGUGAUACUAGGUCAGUGGCUGGCAGAGAUUGGUUUCUUAAGAUGCGUAGGAAACUUGCAGCCCGUUUGUCUUCAGAGGUUUCGAGGCUCGACACUUCGAAGACCACAGGGUAUUUUUGAAGGCAUAGAAGUGUCCUCAAGCCUCUGCACGGAAAGGGUUCUUACCUAUCUCAUUGGGUAGCGCUGCCAUGGGUUUGCCUGAUGUGAAGUCCAGGUUCCAAUACUGCGGCCAUGAAAAGACUUUAUAUUGUGUCUUUGCUUCAAGUGCAAAUCCACCAAGAAGAGAAUCGGUGCCGUUCAUUUCUCAGCGUGACUUAAAUCACUGAACAGUGAAAUGCCUUUUCAAAAGCUACGAUACCCUCACGUACAGCUACUGCAUAACUUUUGAACUCGACUCUAAGGUUUUAGGGCCCUGUGUAAGACAAUGCUUUCAUACACACACCGGAUUUGGAGGGUGGGUAUCAUGUGUGGUGGGUUUGGAGUGCUCCUCGGAAUGGCGGAAUUAAUCGAUUGAAAGUGGUUGGUCUUAACACCGAGAGUACACGUUAUCAAUAGGAGAACAUUGAAUAACAUCUCAUCUGGCUGAUGCCUUCAGUGCUUCAAACAUACGAGCGUUGGGAUGUAUCUUCGAUUCUAGAGAAAUACAUAGACACUGGUUGUUGAGGACGUUUUUUUGUGGACAUGAAUGAUACUUCAUCUUCUUAACUUUGUUUGCCUUGCCUGGGAUGGAUCUGCUGUGCAUAAACUGCAGAGUACAUCAACUUUGACUUCGAAAUGGUAUUUGUGUAGGUAGGUCCUGUCAAAGGAGAGGAAAAGAAAUGCGCUUGGGAAGAAUUGAAUUAUGUGAACUUAUGUGGCUCCAUAUAUCGAACUGGCUGAUUAUGCAGGACAUCGCGGAAACCCGCUGCGAACCGAAGUUUGUAAUCAACUAAGUUAUGAAUUCCUUCUGAAGCGGAGUGGCUAUUAAUUACAGCACUAAUUAUGGACUGUACAUCGUGUGCACCUCGUCGAGCUCUAUUACAAGCAACGUCACCAGCUGCUAGAAGUACAAGUAACCUUGUGUGGUUAUAUAUCGUAGCGUCUGUACUGGGUUCAGUAGUCUUUUUGUGUGCUUGCUGUUGCACAUGGCGCUACUGUAAGAACAGACGAGCUAAACGUCCCAAGGGGAAGCCGCUGCCCUUCGUCGAGCAAACUGUUUCAGAGGUGCUAGGAGGGCCUAAUCAAACAGCGAAACUGAUACCCUAUGAAACAAUCGCUCAGGCUACCAACGACUUCGAUCUGAGACAAAAAGUAGGGGAUGGACGCUUUGGUCCGGUCUUUCAGACAGAGCUGCCAGAUGGGUCGGAUGUGGCAGUGCGUCGGCUCCCCUUGAAUUCCAGGCAUGGAAAGCGGGAUUUCGCCAAGGGCGUGAAGAACAUGGCGGAGGCGCAGCACAGGAACGUUGUCCGGCUCAUAGGAUGCUGCUACACCAACGCUCGCUUGCUCGUCUACGAGAACCUCCCAAAUGGCAACCUUGCUCAACACCUUUUCGACGCUAGAGCUCCUUUGGACUGGGUCAGCAGAUUCGACAUCUUGUUGGGAACUGCAACCGGCCUCGCGUACUUACACGAAGAGCCUGACUCCAUCUUUGCACACGGUGGCAUCAAAGCUGGAAAUAUCAUGCUGGACAAGAUCAUGAAGCCCAAGAUCGCCGACUGGGGUCUCGCCCCGCUGUUCCGCAACGACCAAGGAGGGGUCAAGCCUCGCAACAUGGUCUCUGUAGGGUACAUGUCGCCGGAGUUGGCUUUAGAGGGACAAUUAUCAGCCAAGGCGGACGUGUUCUCGUUCGGCAUUCUGUGCUUAGAAGUUAUUAGUGGGCGUCAAAAUACGGACAUUAACCUCCUCGGAACCGAGAUGCAAACUCUUCUUAGCUGGGCCUGGCUACUCCGAGACAAGCACGAGCCUCUUAACAUGUUGGACAAAUGCCUGAAGAACAACUGCAACGAACAGGAGGUCCUGAGAGUGAUCUUUGUUGCCCUCUUGUGCACCCAGGACUCCGCCGAAGCCCGUCCUUCCAUGUCUCGCGUGGUGGCUAUGCUCAAGAACGAGGAGUUGAUUUCCAAGCUACCUGAAAAACCAGAAGCGGUGAAAUCCCUGGAGCUCCAAGACCAGAACGUGUCGGGCACGUUCACAAGUAAAUUUGUGACACCGGCCAAGAUGCCGCACACGCCGAGAACGCCGAGUUUGGCCAAGAAAUUGAGCAUGAGAUGGGGAUCUAGAAAGCAGCGUGGACCCAGCGCAAAAUUGAACGAACCAGAGCCCGUUGAAAUGGGCUAGCGUAACAGCAGGCCAGUGCCGCAGGCAGGUAGUUCAACAAAGAGCAUAUUCUUAUGCAUUUCCGCAGACCAUGCCCAGCUUGUAUAGAAAUCAAAGACGGAACUUCUCCCAGCGUUGGGUGUCUCGCAUCAGCUCAUUCUCGGUUAUUGAAAUUGCAUGUUGAGACUCGCACCACCCGCACUGCAGCUCCAGAUUGUAAGAGACAACACUGAGGGAGACAGUACAUGGAGACGAGCACCACACUCCGACAUUCUCUUUGGAGGGGCUUAGAAUCUGUAAAUAAGGCAGCCCAAAGUGUUGAUUUUUCAUAGCACUGCUGCUGUUAAUAGUGGGAUAAUAUAUUGCAGAUUCGUUAAUACAACAGCAUUCUUCAGCUACUGACGUUUUCCAACUCCUUCAAGGAUUAAACAAUAAACUUCAGAUCUUCGAGUUUGAAUGUCCUCAUUAGAAUUUUAAUGUAAUAGAACAAAGAGUUCCACUUAAUAUUUACCACAGGAUUUGGCUAGAAGUGCUGACAAGCCCAUGGAGGCAAUUCUGAAAAUAUCCACAAAGUGGUUAACUUAUAGUUUGAUACUGUUAAAUGACAUAAAUGCACAACAA